AUGGGGAUGAUUUGCGCCAAAGGGAACGACGACAGCAAUAAGUUUACUAGCACACCACGUUGUGUGGCAGACUGGGCUCACACACAAGAACAGGUUACUUAUGCUGCCUACUUAUUGGUUGCGCUUGUGAUUUUCUCGUUGAUCUGGACAGUGGUCUCACGACGUCAGCACAAAUCGUUGCGCAAAGGCGAGCAUGGUUUCUCUCUUAAAUGUCGUCGAUGGGCGCGCACUUCUCGCACAGCUGCAAUCAUUAAUCGACCCAUUCAACUGCUAGUGUCUUUUGGCAUCCUAGGCCUCACUAUGUCUAGACUCAACUCGUAUGAAGUUACCGAGUGGUCCUACUACACAGUACUUGGGCUUUAUGUCAUUGCAUUCCUGGACGAUGUCGUGCGUUUCCUUGCUUCACGUUAUAAGCUUCUCUUUUGCUUUUCGCCCUUUACGCUACUGGAACUGCUAUGUCUCGCGUCAAAUUUUGGCGUAGGAUUUGGCCCAUUAAAAAUAAUUAAAGGAGUGCGAACGCGCACAUAUUUGGAUUUUUCGGUCAUGCGGCCAAUAUUUAUUUUAAGAAGCUACUUGGAGAUGGAGAAGCACGUGCCUAGGUCGACCAAAGGCUGGAUGAUGGUCCGUCUGGGUAUUAAAAUUUUGUUGAUGAUCAUGGUUGGCGCAUCCAUCAUGUUUUACUUCGAGACACUUGGCGAAAUGCCAUUUUUUUUAAAUAAUGGAUUUGCUCAUCUUUAUAGUUGCAGCGAUGGAUCUGUCACAAGAUAUGAGUCUUCUGAUUGCUCUGAGACAACUUGGUCCAUAAUGUUUGCUUUCUACUUCACUGUUGUGACUUUGGGUACGGUUGGUUAUGGUGACAAUGCACCUCAAACAGUGCCUAGCCGGCUUUUGGCCAUCAUGUUUAUCGUAAUGGGUAUCAUUUUAUUCUCGAUGGAAAUUGAGAAUUUAGUCAAUCUUUAUAAAUUACGUCUAAUUGGUAACCCGCCUUAUACGCCUAAGCCAGAUUCCACGCAUGUACUCAUUAUGGGUAACCCCUCAUUUAGCCAGCUCUCCACCAUACUACGAGAGCUUUUCCACGUUGAUCAUUUAAUCGAUACUGAUACGGAGCGACUUGAAGCUGUCAUACUAGGCGACCGGAAGGCAAAAUUUACAAAUCCCCUCAUCGCAAAAUUGAAAGCGGACCCCGUUUUCACAUCCCGUGUAACCUAUAUUGCCGGCGAUGCCACCCGUAAUGAAGACUUGGACAGAUCUUUGGCGGGUGAAGCACGAGCAGUCUUUGUGUUUCCAGACAAACUUACGGGCGAUGCUGUGACGGAAGAUGCGAUGAAUAUUAUGCGUGUACUUGCGGCUAAACGUUACGUGGGACCUUCUGUUCGCUUUUUAGUGAUGGUGCUGCGGGUCGAAAGUGCCCGACACAUGGUAGCUGCUGGCGUCCAUCCGGACGACAUCAUCUGCGAAAAUGUUAUUAAAAUGGGUUCGCUGGCUCAAAGUGUUGUAUCGAAUGGUAUCUCCACAAUGCUGUCAAAUUUGGGAUCAAGUUUUUCUGCUGACAUCUAUGAAGCCUCGAGAAAAAGGUUUCUCUCGGAGGUCGCAGUAAAAGGCAACGAAAAAUGUAUUGCUUCAACACCCGACGUGACCGAUAGUAUAUUGUCUGAACGAGACUGGAUCAACGAGUAUUACGCAGGUGCAGCAAAGGAAAUGUAUCUCAUACGCCUUUCAAAGAGAUAUGUUGGACUGUCAUUUUCUCGGACGGCUUCACAGAUAUUUCGAGAAACAGCAGGUACGGUCCUGCUUAUUGGAGUAGAGAUUUCUUUACUGGAGGAGGAGUCAAGCUCAAACAACAAUGAGUCGCGCGUGUUGCUAAAUCCCGGGGAAAGUUUGCUUAUGAAUGAGUGGGUUCAGUGCUACUGCAUUGCUGAUGACCUCGAUCAAGUGUACAACUCCAAAAUUUGUGCGGAGGAUGUUAGUCUGGAAGAAAUGCGGCGACCGUGCAGCAUUCCUGCAUUUAUGAGUUCGAAUGAAGACGUUUUUCAGCCGAUUACUCCAGCCAAUCGAAGCGACGAUGAUUUUUCAUGCGACGAAGUACAAAGUUUAUCGGUGUACACAGCGUGUAAGUCUCCUCACUCCGAUUUAAUGAAACAGCGCAGUAGGCUGCCAUUUCCAAGACGAAAAUCACUUGUACUGGACCGCUCACUUGAAAAUAUUGCUCACAUGUACAAGAAUUCCGAACGAGCUAUGACAAGUGACAAUCCCUAUGAGAGUUCUUACCUCCAAGCAAAAAGUUGCAAUGAUGACCCUAUGCGGCACUCAAUACCAGCUCGUGCCUUAAAGCCCCCGCCCCUUAGCAUUCUCUUAAACCCUCAACACGUUGUUAUUUGCAGCUUUCUCGGUGAGACAUCGUUGGAAAGCCUGCAAUGGUUCAUUCUACCACUUCGUAGCCCACACGCGGCAAGGCAUCCCCCGAUUACGAUAUUGAAUAACGCAGAGCCGUCAGAUAUCUUUACAAGAACUCUUUCUGCAUUUCGAGACGUGUAUUACGUGCGCGGUAGUCCCCUUGUUCAUCUGGAUUUACAACGCGCUGGAGCCAAGGCUGCAGCUGCGGUCGUGGUGCUUGGAAAACGAACAAGAAAUACUACAAAUUCUAAAUCCGUUUUAGACGCAGAGCUGGAGGUGGGAAUCGCUGAUGCUGAGGCUAUAUUCGCUACAAUGCUGGUGGAGCUCAAGAUGGACUUAUCGAAGAUUUUUACGAUUACUGAACUUGCUGAUGAAGCUAACUCGAAGUUUAUGGGCAUGUCUCUUUACCUGAAUAAGCUACAUACUGCAAUGGAUGGAACAGACGACACAAAAGCCGGAAGCUCGAUUGACUUUUCAAGUAUACAAGUGCUCAAGUUGUGGGACCAUAUCUUGCAGCACGAUGCCUUGGAGCAGAAGUUCGAGAAAGAGAUUUUUGCCCUGCCGCUCUACAUGUCGGGGCGGAUCCUACAUCCCGAGCUAUGUGAAAAUAUGGUUGUGCAGGCAUUUUUUAGUCCAUCCAUUCACAAAAUUGUUCGGCAGCUGGUUGGAGGCCCUCGAUGUACUGGAGUAAUACAUACCUUCUCUGUUCCUCAAGCACUUAGAGAGAACUGCACGUAUGCUGAGAUAUUCCACUCAUUCGCUACAUCAUAUUUUUCAGGCAUAUGUAUCGGCAUCUACCGCAUGCCAAGUCAAGCAUCAAGGAUGGCAGACCAAUCGAAAUUGCCAAUUAUUAUCACGACACCAAAAGCGAGUCUUGAAAUUUUCUGCAGUGAUCGCCUUUUCGUUUUGAUCGGAAUUCACACUCUUGAACGAGCGGCCGCCAUGAUUCAGCAGCAAUAUCGAAAAUAUAGAUGCUCUUUUGACCCGUCAUUCGCCAGCAUGAGUGCCAAGAGAAGGCAAGAAAUAUAG